GUGACCCCGAGAAGUGACGUAAGAGGAAGAAGUCGCCAUUAGAGGGAGGCGGAUAGAUAGACGGUUCCCAGAGUCCUUGGCCUGUCACUAGCGCUCUGUCACCCCUCCCCCCCUUCCCCGUACCGGCCUCGGGAGCCCGGAGCUGCGUGUGGGCCUAGAUUGCGGCCUGGGUUCCCAGCUCCAGCAGUCUCCAUGGCGGCAGGAGGAGGAGGAGCGGCGGCGGCCGGGGCUAGCAGGACCUACUCGUUCAAGGUGGUGCUGCUCGGGGAGGGCUGUGUGGGCAAGACCUCGCUGGUCCUCCGCUACUGCGAGAACAAGUUCAACGACAAGCACAUCACUACCCUACAGGCAUCAUUUUUAACAAAGAAAUUAAACAUUGGUGGAAAAAGAGUGAAUCUUGCAAUAUGGGAUACUGCAGGGCAAGAAAGAUUCCAUGCGCUCGGUCCCAUCUACUACAGAGACUCUAAUGGAGCUAUUUUAGUAUAUGACAUUACAGAUGAGGAUUCGUUCCAGAAGGUUAAAAAUUGGGUGAAGGAACUCAGAAAAAUGCUGGGAAAUGAAAUUUGUUUGUGUAUAGUAGGUAACAAAGUAGAUUUGGAAAAAGAGAGGCACGUCUCCAUUCAAGAAGCAGAAACGUAUGCUGAAUCUGUGGGAGCAAAGCACUAUCACACUUCAGCUAAACAGAAUAAAGGAAUUGAAGAACUAUUCCUUGAUCUUUGUAAAAGAAUGAUUGAAACGGCACAAGUAGAUGAACGUGCAAAAGGCAAUGGCCCCAGUCAGUCAGGAGCUGCAAGGAGAGGAGUGCAGAUUGUAGAUGAUGAACCACAGGCACAGAGCGCUGGAGGAUGCUGUUCUGGAUAAUUGUAUAAACUGUGUGCAGAUUCCCCACCCCUGUCAGGAAGAUCGCCAUAUUUCAAGUCACAUAUUCUUUUACUAUUGGAGUAAUAGAAUUUAACAGUAUUUAAAGGGAAAAAAUCCUAUAACAAGGCAGAGACCAAGUGCUAUACUAGUGGAGUUUGUGACCAGAGAAUUGGCGUUUUCUACAGCUGUUAACAGAGCAAUUACCAAUGGCCUUUUUACAUAUGUAUUUUUUUUUUUUUUUCUUUCGUGAAGAAUAAUAUGCAUGUAGAAAAGACCUACUUAAAGCUUCAUUUAUAUUCUUUUUAAAUCUGAUCCUUAUUUAAUAACUUAUGUAAAUUGUUAGAAAGGUAUGCAUUUUUCUGCAGUCCUUUUUUUGUAUUUGGUGGAAAAUUUAAUUGUAUUUCCUCUAAAAUACAAAUUCAUUUUUUUUUUGUUUUAUUGGCAGAUGCCUGUCAUUCUGUUUUUUGCAGGGUUUUGCACAUGUCCUAACUGUCCACUCUGAUUCUACUUCGUCCAUUCUGUAAGCUGAUCUGGUAAAUGUGCACUGUACAUUACAUAUUAAAUAUUUUAUCUGCUUUUUCAUGUGCAGAAAUAUAUCCUAUAAUGUUGUAUGACUUCACAAUUUCAGCCUUUUUUAUUUUUUUAUAUAUCUAGGAAGUUACACACGUACCCAUCGUUUUUGAAUAUUUCAGUCUCUUUUUCAGAAGCAAUCCUUCAGCAAUCUCACACUUAGGCUAGUGACCCAUUUGACUCUCUGAUCACUUUACUUUCCUAUAAAUUGCUCUGAACCUUCUGGCUGCAAUCCAUAUACCACUGCAGACAACAUCAAUUUGUACUGCAAUUCUGCAGAACUCUCUGCAAGUGCAAAAUAAGGCAUUGAACUGUACUGGUUCAUAAAGACCUAGGCCAUCGCAAUUACUAACCCCAAUGUGUUUGUUGUAGAAUAAAUCAUUGUUGGUCGCUUAACAAUGGUAACAUCUACGUCUAGUUCCAAAAUGAAAGUUUAUCUUUAGAACUUAUGUGUAUCUUUAUUUCUCUCUGUUUCACGUUUUGUCCUUUUAGAAGUGGCCAAACUAUUUUGUUCUAUAUACACAUUUGUGAACAUAACAUUCAAUUAUUUGAUGCACUAAGAACAGUUAAACUCUUUUAAAUUUUUUUUUUUUUUUUUUAGGUGAUGGUAUUAACAUUGUGGUUUAUUUAGAAAAACUGUAUAUAUUUCUUGUCUGUGUGAAGGUUUUCCUGCAUUAUAUAUUUGAAGAUGAAACACAUAGGUGUGUCUUUUGUGGUCAAGUGGGAUUUAAAAGAAAUGUUUUAACUUUGGACAUUGCCAUUGUUGAGCGCUAGUAAAAAUGUCUGAUAUAUAUAUAGUUAAAAAUACCAAGUGCUGUUAUGGUACCGAACAUUUGAUAAAUCAUGUUUACAGUUAUGGUUUAACAGUGGGGUACAGAAAAAUCACAAUCUAAAGAUAUUUUGGAUACAGUUAGUUUCCAGAGCCAUUACACCUGUAACGAACAAAGCAGCAGAGGCAAAAUAAAUUCAAUGGUUCUUAUGUUUUAAAACUUUAAUAUUCAGUGAUCUUAUUUAGUGUACCAUAUAUGCUGAAUUUGGCUAACCUCAAAUGAAAAACCGAAUAGGCUGUGAUAUUAGUGCAAUAAUGAGAAUUCUGUAAACUGUUUAAUUUGGCUCUGGUGCACAUAAAUUAAAUUAGAUACAUAUCAAAGAAUGGUUAAAACUGAGGCAUACAUUAAAAAAGUUGACAUAUUAUU